CAGAAGGAGCCGCCUCGUUCGCCAUGGUGCUGUCGGCCGUGUUCAUCACCGACCUAAAGGGCAAGGUCAUCAUAUCCCGCAACUACCGUGGGGACAUCCCCAUGUCGGCGUCGUCCAAGUUUACGCGCUACGUGCAGGACAAGGACGACUCGGAGCAGCGUCCUGUGUUCACCGAGGAUGGCUUUACUUUCGUCUAUCUCAAGCAUAAUAACCUGUACCUGAUGACCGUAACCAAGGUGAACUCGAACGUGGCGCUUAUGCUCAUGUAUCUCACACGCAUCUGCCAAGUGUUCCGGGACUAUUUCGGAGAGCUGGAAGAGGAGAGUAUUCGAGACAAUUUCGUCAUUAUCUUUGAGCUUCUGGACGAGACGAUGGACCACGGAUACCCGCAGACCACAGAGGCUCGCAUUCUACGCGAGUAUAUCACCCAGGAGGGUCACAGACUGGAGGCAGCGCCCCGUCCGCCCACAGCACUCACCAACGCCGUCUCUUGGCGUAGCGAGGGUAUCAAACAUCGCAAGAACGAAAUCUUUCUGGACGUUGUGGAGAAGCUCAACCUGCUGGUCUCUAGCAACGGCACUGUGCUGCACUCGGAGAUUAUCGGAGCUGUCAAGAUGAAGAGCUUCUUGUCUGGUAUGCCUGAACUGAAGCUUGGACUCAAUGAUAAGGCGCUGUUUGAAGCCACCGGCCGAUCCUCCAGCAAGGGCAAAGCUGUUGAGAUGGAAGACAUUAAGUUCCAUCAAUGUGUUCGACUCGCGCGCUUCGAGUCAGACCGCACGAUCUCAUUCAUCCCGCCUGAUGGAGAGUUCGAUCUCAUGACGUACCGUUUGGCCACACACGUCAAGCCUCUGAUCUGGGUCGAAGCCGUCGUGGAGCCCCACUCACGCUCGCGUAUCGAGUACAUGGUCAAGGCCAAGUCGCAGUUCAAGAGCCGCAGUAUCGCCAACAACGUGGAGAUCGUCAUCCCAGUGCCACCUGAUGUCGACUCGCCCAGCUUCAAGUGCAGCAUUGGAUCUGUUACGUACGUGCCCGACCGCGACGCCAUCGUCUGGUCCAUUAAGCAGUUCAACGGCUCUCGUGAGUAUCUAAUGCGUGCGCACUUUGGACUCCCAAGUGUGGACAACCACGAGGCCACAGACGACUGGAAAGCUCCCAUUCAGGUCAAGUUUGAGAUCCCGUACUUUACAGUCUCGGGUAUCCAGGUGCGCUACCUCAAGAUUAUCGAGAAGAGCGGCUACCAGGCACUACCCUGGCUCAGUAGGCAAAGUCGUCGCGCCAGCGUUUGUUGCGCUUCAUCUGUCGAGAACGGCACGACCAAGGUUUCCAGCACCAUCGAUCAAGAGUGUGGCCAGCGUCGUCGAACGCGCUUUCUCGAGUUGGUGGCGUGGCUGCAGCUGCAAUCGUCACUCGAUCUUCAUCGUGUUGAGUCUUGGCAGCAGCUCGGAGCGAUGAGCUGCUGCUCGAAAGCGAUUCCUAGCAAUGAUCUCUGGAGCAGACAGCAAAAUCUGUCCACCUCUGCCAGCGAAGAGAGAGACGCUGCCUGUGUGGAAUCCCUGGUCUUGUGUCACGAACACUUGGCUUCCUCGAAAGGAUGCCAGUUUGAGCUUCCCAUACGGCCGAUUGGUCACGAGGACAUUGCCGUGUUCGCUGCCGGCCACCACGAGAGACCCGCCUCCAAACGCGCCCAGGCUCCGAAGCUCAGCCUCUCGAACAAAGAUCUCAGUCAGAAGGUGUUUACUAGCCUCAACGGGCUCUUGAACUGGCCACCCACGAGGUGGACGAGGGUCGAAUCCUAUGAGAAGUCGGUUAGAACCUCGGGUGAGAACAUCCACGUGCCCCAACAGGUCCUGGGCGUCACUCGAUACCCUUACCACUGCCACAAGUUGCUCGUUGCUACCUUGAGCUUGAGCCACCUCGUCGAAGAGCGCUGGAGAAGCCACAGACACAUACGUGAUGCCAGGAGUAGCCACACGCAGUUUCUCCAACGUCUCACUGCCAGAAAUGCCCCAAGUUUGCUGCACGCGUUGGCGCUCAGCGAUAGGAGUCUGUGGGGCUUCAACAGCACCGACACGGACCUUGAAACCCAUCGCCCGCUGCUGACCAAUGUUCCGACUGGCGGACAGCACACAGCGACGUAG